UUGGAAAACUUCAAAUUUGUCUGAUGGCGUAACGAAUUAGAUGAUGGCAUUUCCGUAAUAUCUGUCAAGACUCCGGACCAUUUUGUAUUAUGGCGUUCAGUUGUGAGCCGAAGUUGACCUUCGCGGACUCCCGCGAUUCUAAAGCUUACCCUCUUCUUUCUCUCUCUACCUGAGGAGAACAUCGGGAACUUCGCCGGAGAUCGGAAUCGGAACCGUCCAACUCCACUCCCUUCGCCGGAAGAAUGGGCUGCUUCUUCGCAAAACCUGCGGUGGAGGGCGAUCUAACGCCCACAUCCCUGAAACCUAAGCCAUCCAAUAAACCCCGGACUGCCGACGCUGCUUUGCCGGAGCGACGCCGUAGUCCGAUCCCGAGCCCGACCACUUCUACCCCUGCAAUAGACCUAACUGAAUGGCCCUCUUGGCUCUCCGCCGUCGCUGCAGACUCUCUCAUCGGCUGGUCUCCCCGCUCAGCCAACUCCUUCGAGAAGAUCGGCAAGAUUGGGAAGGGAACUUACAGCAAUGUUUUCAAAGCCAAAGAUCGGCAGACGAAUGAAUUAGUGGCGCUCAAGAAGGUGCUAUCGGAGACGACGGAUUCGGAAAGCAUACGAUUCAUGGCGCGGGAAAUAGCUAUUCUCCGCCGUCUCGAAAGCCCUAACGUUGUAACUCUCCGCGGUAUAAUCACCUCCCGUAUCUCCUCCACCACAACCCCUUCUCUCUACCUAAUCUUCGAUUACAUGGAGCACGACCUCGCCGGACUUGCUGCCUCACCUUCCGUCCAUUUCUCCCUUCCCCAGAUAAAGUGCUAUGUGCAACAACUUCUUACGGGCCUCGAUCACUGCCAUCGUCGCGGAGUUCUUCACCGUGACCUCAAGGGAUCUAAUCUGCUAAUCGACAAUAAAGGGAAUCUUAAGAUUGCGGAUUUCGGUUUAGCUAGCUUCUUCGACACUAGAGGCGGCGAGCCGAUGACAAGCAGGGUAGUGACUCUGUGGUACCGAGCUCCUGAACUCAUCCUCGGCGCCACCGAUUACGGUGUCGGAAUAGACCUAUGGAGCGUCGGCUGCAUCCUGGCGGAGCUCAUCGCCGGAACCCCCCUUCUCCCUGGCCGGACUGAGGUGGAGCAACUGCAUAAGAUCUUUAAGCUCUGCGGUUCGCCGCCGGAGGAUUACUGGAAGAAGUACAAGUUCCCAAACGCCUCCAGCUAUAGAUCCAGGCAACAAUACCAGAGCGGUAUGAGGGAGAGCUUAAAGGACUUCCCCUUGCCGGCCAUCAGACUAAUUGAAAAGCUCCUCUCCUUCGACCCGCCCGACCGAGGCACGGCUGCCGACGCCCUCAACAGUGAGUUUUUCACUACCGAGCCUUAUGCUUGUGAGCCGUCAAGCUUGCCGUGGUACCCCCCAACAAAGGAGAUGGACACCAAACUCAGAGACGAAAAAGCAAGAAAGCAAAUAGACGCCGCUGCAAAACAAAGCAGCAGCAGCAGCAGCAGCAGCGAUGUCCAGAAGAAAUACAAGACUUUUCACGGACGGAGAAGGCGCGCGGUUCCCUCUCCAUCAGCCAACGCAGAACUCAAAACAAAUCUUGAUAGAUUCAGGCGAGGCGGGCAUCCAAAUCUUACGACUAACAGCGAGAAGUUCCCGCCGCCGCACGAGGAUGGAGCCGUCGGCGGCCUCUUGGAUUCGUCCAAAAACUACAGCGCGGCGUCCUUCACCGUAGCUGAUUCAUCGCAGCUUGAUUCUUAUUCUUACAAUUUCUCUGGG